CCACGUACAUCUCCCUCCGCCCAAUCCAUGUCCUACCUGAGCUGAGCUGAGCUCUGUCCAUGGCCUCACUCGCCACUUAAUCGCCCUCUCUCCAUCCGAACAAGCUCUCGGACAGCACCGGUGACCGUAAGAGGAUCAGGGGAGAAGAAUUUGAGCUCUGAUCGAAAGAGACGAGCUGCUAGGAUGGGUUCGGAGACGUUUCUUGAGAUCCUGCUGGCCAUCCUGCUGCCGCCGCUCGGCGUCUUCCUCCGCUUCGGCAUCGGCGUGGAGUUCUGGAUCUGCUUGCUGCUCACCCUGCUGGGCUACAUCCCCGGCAUCAUCUACGCCGUCUUCGUCCUGGUUGCAUAGUCUUAUUAGUUCACAGUUCAGGCUAGCUUGUUUGUUUCCGUAAAUUCGAGCUUCAGUUAGUUGGUUUGCUCUCUGCCUGGAUAAGAUACCCCGCCUUGCUUGAUGUACUCAAUGGAUGUUAUUUAGUCACUGCAUGUUUUUGUGAAAGGUUCGUACGUCCCAUGCCAUGAAUAAAACCAGCUAGCUCAUGUUUUUGUAGUUGUGGGGUUUCUGAUUUGCCAUCGAUCAGCGCAGUCGAUCGCGUCUCGCUCCUCUUAUGUAUUAGAGGCUGGGAGAAAAAAAAAGUGAUGCCGGAGC